GACACGUCGCACGUUCAGCGCCCUUGAGCGACGUACUAGCAUUUUCCUUUCCCUAUUGGCAAGCAAGCAUAGAUACCAAAACUAAACUACAAGAAAGGCGGCAGCCACCAUUGCCCACUCCACAGUCCGUAGCCAUGGCCAGCCACUGCAACUACCGUUUGCAACGCCGGACCGGAGCCAGGACUUGUUCAGUUUUCUUGGUAAAGCGAAAAGCGGAGACGGAGAGAGCAUAGUGCAGGAUCAUCUCAUCCACCACCGCCACCGCGGCCGAUCCGUCCCCUUUUUCCUCUUUCCCGCUGCGCCGGCCGGCUUUUGCAUUGGUUACCUUCCCCGCCGCUUUGGAGAUCCGCCAUCAUCCAUGGCCGAUCCACACUGCCGCCGCUGCUGCUGCCACUCCUUUAUUAGCCUCGCGGAUAUAAGCAUCCAGCCGCGGCAACGGGCGCUGGCGCCAUUAUCAAAGAAGAGGGCACGGCGGCAGAGCAAUGGCACGCAAGGACAGAGUGAUGAUCAGUAGCCGGUUGUUGGUGCCGUCGCUUCUGCUCCUCCUCCUGCUCUGCGCCACUCACUGUGAAGCAAGAGCCAUUAGCAGGCGGCUGCAGAGCCGGAGCAGCAACCCGCUGCUGAACGCGCUGUACAAGCUCAACUUCAUCCGGACGGUGGAGCCGGCGCGCCCCCUACUGCCACCUCCGGCCGCCGGCGCGGACGCCGAGAGCCUCGCCGCCGGCGACACCAACGCGCCGUUCUGCGUCAACCCGCCGGACGCGCCGCCGGCGUCCACGAUGGCGCCGCCGUUCACCUCCACGCCCUUCACCCCGUCCGUCCCGGACCAGGCCCCGCCGCUGCCGCCGAUCACCCCCGUGCCGCCGUCCUUCGAGCCCAGCCCGCCGGACAGCGGCGCCCCGGGUGGCGGGGGCCAGGGCGGUCAAGGCCAAGGUGGAGGUCAAGGCCAGGGCGGCCAGGGAGGAGGUCAAGGCCAGGGUGGAGGUCAAGGCCAGGGCGGCCAGGGAGGAGGUCAAGGCCAGGAAGGCCCACCGGCAUCCACGACGCCGAGCACGCCGCCGCAGACCGGCCCGGGCGCGCCAUUCGGGUCGGCGCCGCCGAGCCCCAUCGUCGUGGUGCCAAGCCCGCCCGAAUUCGGCCCCGGCGGCGGCGGCGUCCCCGGCUCCGGCGGUGGUGGUGGUGGCGGCGGCGGCCCGUUCCAGCCGCCGAUCAUUUACCCGCCUCCGCUGGCGCCGCCGCUGCCGCCGGGGGCCGGGCAGACGCUGUGGUGCGUGGCGAAGCCGACGGUGCCGGACCCCAUCAUCCAGGAGGCCAUGGACUACGCGUGCGGCUCCGGCGCCGAGUGCGACUCCAUCCAACCCACCGGCGCGUGCUACCACCCCAACACCGUGCUCGCGCACGCCUCCUUCGCCUUCAACAGCUACUGGCAGCAGAGCAAGGCGGCCGGCGGCACCUGCGACUUCGGCGGCACCGCCACCAUUGUCACCAGAGACCCAAGCUAUGAGAAGUGCAAGUUUGACCUUCUAUAAGGGCACUCAAAUAGCAGGAGAACAGACUGCAGAUGUGCAAAUUUUCCCCAAGUUCAUUGGGGGUUAUUAUUCCUUUUGCUUCUAGGCCACACCACUUGCAGAUUUUGUAACUAGCUCCUCUUCACUAGUAUUGUUUUGAAUUUUGUAAGAGUAAUACUGUGCAAAGCUGAAAGGUGAUUCCUUGACAUAUUUGGUACACAAGCUCUUAGAAAUGCUA